UUAUAAUAUUGCUUCAAUAUUGAUGCAAUAUUGCAGUACUGUGUGGGUCGUGUCUUGUGCGCAAGUAUUGCUCGAUAUUUGGUGCCUAUUUGGUGCUAAGUUAUGCGCUACAAAACUUGCGCGUUUUUUGCUGCAAAUUUACUGCAAGUUGCUCCGCAUCAAGCCUUGACGUCAAAACACAAUCCUAAAGAGGACACAGUUGCAUAUGGUUUUGGCAUCAAGUUUUGAUCGAAUUUGCUGCCAAUUUGCGCUCAAUUUGCAUUCAUUUUGCUCAUUGGGUACAUACAUAUAAAGAAGCUUUGACAAUAUUUGCUUUACAGAAGUGUAAAAUGCCCAGUUGUACAGUAAACAAUUGCUCCAACUCGUGGUAAAAAUAUUUUAAGAUGUGUUAUUUUCCAUUGAAUGAUUCAAAAAGAUGUGCAAUAUGGGUAGCCAAUAUGAACAGAGAAAAUUGGACGCCAACUAAACAUUCGGCGUUAUGUCAGGUGCAUUUUGCCCCUAAAAUGUGGGAAAGUCAUCGCCAGGACAAUUUAUUAAAACUGAAAAGAAAUGCAGUACCAACUUUAUUUGGAAAUACAGUUAUAGAAAAAAAUGAACUGGAUAAAGCUCUGGGUGAUCUCAUUUUUAUCAAGAACAACCAAAAUCAACGAGCCGUUAAUAAUUCUAAUGACAAAGAGCACAACUUUCAAGCUAAUCAAACUAUUGAGGAAGAUGCAACAAUAUUGGAUAACAUGUCACAGGAUAACAUAAGUGACCACGACAUCGAAAAUAAAAUAGAUUCUAAUAAUGCGGAUACGUCGGAGAGGGAAGAACAAGUGAUAAGACCAAGCACAUCUAAUUGCGAUGAUAAUUCAGAAUUUCAUAAAAAAUUUGAAAAAUUACAAGAACAAUUUGCCAAAUUACAUCAACAGCACAAGAAAGUAAAGGCACAAUUGAAAAAUGCGAAAAAUGUUAUUAAACGCCUUAAAAGAAAGUGAGUAUAAAUCAAAGCAGUCUAACUAAAGCAUGCAGUAAAAUAUUAAACGCUGAUCAAUUUAAAUUAUUA